AUAUGCAAUGAGCCCCUUGAUGUUGCAGCGCAAAUAAAGGGAGAUAGCGGACACUAGGCUGUGGCUAAAAACUUUUUAUACUGUCAUGUUACAGCUAUGGCUUUUGCGUAACCAUAGACUAGGGAUCGGGAUCCCUGCACGCGGCUGAGAUCGGGAAGAAAAGGAAGGGCAAGACUUUCGGGGAGGGGAAAGCGAGUAACGGGAAGGCAAAUCCAAGUGACUUACAGCAAGAUUCCGAAGUUGUGAUUUACCUAGAAGUAACGGUGGAGAAGCGAGCAGCCUUUCAAAGAUGAGCUUGCUGUCUGCCAUAGACACCAGUGCCUCUGUGUACCAGCCUGCACAGCUCUUAAACUGGGUAUAUCUUUCUUUACAAGACACCCACCAGACCAGUGCCUUUGAGGCGUUCAGACCAGAGACUAAUUCUUCCCAUCCGGAUCUGAACUAUACCAAGCCUCCCGCUGCCGACCUGAGUUCCUCUAUAAAUUCCAACUAUCUCAACAACUUCUUUCAGCUGCAAAGGAACGAGGCCUUAAACAACGGCCUCUACAAGAGCGGCUCGCCGUAUGGCUCCCUCAACAACAUCGUGGACGGCCUGAGCUCGCUGACCGACCACUUCUCCGACCUGUCCCUCUCCUCCGAGCCGCGGAAACCCAGCAAGAGGCCGCCGCCCAACUACCUGUGCCACCUGUGCUUCAACAAGGGACACUACAUCAAAGACUGCCCGCAGGCCCGGCCGAAGGGGGAAGGCCUGACCCCGUACCAGGGCAAGAAGAGGUGCUUCGGAGAGUACAAAUGCCCCAAGUGCAAGAGGAAGUGGAUGAGCGGGAACUCCUGGGCCAACAUGGGACAGGAGUGCAUCAAGUGCCACAUCAACGUUUACCCACACAAGCAGCGGCCUCUGGAGAAGCCGGACGGGCUGGACGUGUCGGACCAGAGCAAGGAGCACCCGCAGCACCUGUGUGAGAAGUGCAAGGUGCUGGGGUACUACUGCCGCCGCGUGCAGUAACCCCUGGAGAGGUUCUUCAGUCCUCAGCCCCCAACACGCCCCCCCCACCCCCGCCCCCCUCGCCAGAGCGCAUCUUCAGCCCCAGCUCCCCACCCCCCCGUCCUGUGACCCCUCGCCAGUCCGUCCACCAAGUGCUCUUCACCAAGCAGAACCUGCCAGAAUCCUGUAUGUAAAUAUUCCAGUGCACACAGACGCUGUUUUAAUACCUUUAGCGAUGUACCUGUCCGAAAGCGUCGUUAACAGCGUCCUCAUCCUGACAGCGUCCGUCCGCCUCGAUCGCAGCCGACUGUCCCACAGCGAUGGUCCGCUGGUCGUUUGUUUACACAAUUUGCUCUUCUUUUUUCGUCCAUGCCAAGUGAAAUAUGUGGACGUGCCAAGUAUUAUAACGUUUUUAUAGACAAUUUGACAAGGUCUCUAAGUCCUUGCAGUGGUCAUUGGGUCAACAGCAUAUUAAAUCAACUGUGAAUUAACUGUGAAUUAAUUGAGGGGUAAUGGCUUCAUCCCCACUUUUAUUUUGGCGAGUAUUUAUUACUGGAGUGCUGACACAUUUGGGUUACAGAUUAGUAUUAGGCUUUGUAACGUGUAAUUAAUUUUUAACUGGGACAUGUGUACUCUACACAUAAUAACUUGUGGAACUGAGUCUUUAGAAACUGCUGUUGCCUCAAGUAGAAUGAUUUGUUGCUCAUAAGUUAGAAAAGUUACAAUGUUCAGCAUUUAUGUAUCUUUAUUAUGUAUCCAGUAGAGCUUGACUUACAUUGCAUAAUCCAUUCAUAUGUGUAUGUGUGUAUAUGCACGCAUGUAUGUAUAUGUACUCACACACACACACACACACACACACACACACGUAAACACACACACACACACACGUAAACACACACACACACACAGAGAAAAUCUUAAUCAUGUUAAAGGCUACUGUGCAAUACCAUAACAUGACCAGACAGUUAAUAUAAACUUCCAGUGAACCCCAUCAUCAUUUCUAAGAUCAGUGCAGAUUAGAUGUGCUUCUGUAUCUUUCUGUUGCACAGUAGAAUUAGUGAAGGGCUAGAGUGGAUUUGAUUGGCUGAAAGAGACUUUCUGCCUCAAAAUCAAAAAUGGCUCCCUCAGAAGCACCAUUGAUCAGUGAGUCCACAUGCGUGUGCCUUACUGAUUUUGUGCCUCAUCUCUAUUUUAUCUUUCUAUGUGGAAAAAAUAUUCCCACCCCCCCCAAUAUUAUCCAGAUAUAAAUCAAUGCCUUAAAAGAGUAUUUAGCCUAUAAGAUCAUAUAAACUCAGGUCUAACGCACUGCUAAAAAAGGAAAUGAUCAGGUCUGUACAAAUUUAUACUGCACAUUAAUUCCUGUAGUCCUCAUAUUUUAUGAUAUUAGUUUCAUUUCUGUAUUUACAUGUGUUGAACCUUCAAAGUGACGUGACUGAAGAGUGUAGAUUGAUCUUGAUCCAGAUUAUUAAUUAUUUGUUUCAUGUGCUAUAAUAAUUAAUAUACAGUUCAGAGUGUCCUGGUUAGCACAUGGAUCAGUAGUGCAGUAGUAGGAAGGGCAAAUAAUCAGUGAAUAGAAACGAAUGUCAUAUAAUAGUGUUCAGUGACUGCAGUCGUCUAUACAAUAUGUCCAACAUCAUUUAAGGCUAAUUCCUCAAUUAACUUUAUCAAUGAGUGGAGAGGUUGGACUCAUUUUGUUUUAUGACAAAAAUUGUUUCUCAUCUUUUGAGAUAAGAGAGGAAGAAGGGGAAACAGGAAGUUGGGAGGAACUGAGCUGGGUUGAGACCGAUGUCCUGUGUGUCAGGGGUGUCCAGUCUUACCCGAAAAGGGCCGGUGUGGGUGCAGUUCUUUGUUUUAGGCCAGCAGUAAGGCACCCUGUUCUAAUUGUGAAGGCCUUGAUUGACGACCAUGAUUAGUUAAAUAGUAGAAACAGGUGUCUUAGUGCUG